CUCUCUUACCUUCACUUUCUUUUCCCUCCCUUUCCUUUCAUCGACCGAGUCGAUCCCUUUGCCGCGCAAAGCCUCUCUCUUGAACCCCCAGAGGGACAGUUUUCUACUAUGGCUGCGCCUGCUGCUCAAUUUGCUGCUACUCGCGAUGCGACCAACAGUUUGGUACUCUACCUUUCUCCCACCCAACCACCCAUUCCCAUACCACCCGAGCUUCGCGACGAACUCCCAGAUCAAAUUUGGGCUGAGCGGCUCCGAACAUUGACUGCAACGGCGUCCCGGUAUAACAAGGUCUGGUUUGAGCGUAUUUGGCUUCUUGUCGGAAUAUGUGCUAUCUUUAUCGUUCCCGUCGCUCUUUUCCCCAUAAUCCUGAAAGCCCUUCUUACUCGCAAUGAUACCGUCGCAAACCACAUCUUCGAGGCCCGUGGUAUUUCUUUCGGCGUUUUCGUGGGCCUCAUGCUCCUGUUUUUCGUCCCAAUGGCAAUUUGGAAGUAUAUUGGCCAGCAAGAGGCGAACGCCUUGCUACUGAAAACUCCUGGUAUAUUCAGCAGCAACAUUAUCCUAAGAAUCCAGCUGCCUGCCGGGAAAUCUGUUUCAGUGUUUACGUUCGGGGCAUAUCUUCCGAGCCAUAUCGGACAAGCUCCCGACCAGGAAGCGAACUACUUCUACCCGUACAAACCAGGUUCUGAAGGUCUUCCACGAAUGAGCACCAUUGGGAACGUUCCUCUCUUCAACGACGAGAAGAAAGGCGAGCAAGAGCCUCCACCCAAGCUCACCAAGACAGCGCUCAAGAAAGCUGCCAAAGCUGCCCGACAAGCAAAGGCCAAACCAACCCCGCCACAGACCCCACCAGUAGCACCAGCCAGUUUGAUUCCAGAUAUCGUUUCCGAGGAGGUUGAGCCGCUUCAGCCCCCCGUCUUGACCAAUGGCAUUCAGAAAUCAGAACCUGAAGCGCCGCUGAAAGUCGAAGAGUUUAUUCCCGACCCUGUAAUUCCUCCUACUCCCUUGCCGCCAGUGGAAAUACCACUUCCUACACUUCGCCCUCCCCUACCUGAACCCGUAGUCCCAAACCCGACACCUACAGUUGCGAAGCCCUCACCUGUGGUCGCCAAGCCGAUACCAGUCGUCGUAGAAAACCCCACCCUGGUCGCUGAGACCACCAAAAAGAGACAGAAUAUGCUCACACGAACAUUAUGGACAUUCAUUAUGAUCGGAGCAUUCAUAGCUCUCCUGCUCAUGGGCCACACGUACAUGAUACUUCUUGUCAUGUUAUGUCAGACGCUCGUUUACCGUGAAGUCACUGCUCUGUUCUCGCUUACGACUUCUGAGGAGGAGACCAAGAAACACGGCAAGGAUCCAUGGAGCACGACACUCAACUGGUACUUUUUUGUGGUGACCAACUACUUCCUCUUCACUCUUUACACUAUCGGAUUCGUGGGCUUCGUGAUGUCCCUCCAGAAGGGUUUCUUGAAGCAACAGUUUGGGCUUUUCUGCUGGGUCCACAUGAGCUUGCUCAUAAUCGUCCUGUCAAGCCACUUUAUUGUGAAUAACAUACUCGAGGGUCUAAUAUGGUUCUGGGUCCCCGCCUCGCUCGUCAUCUGCAACGACGUAUUCGCCUACGUGUGGGGAAUUACGUUUGGCCGAACUCCACUGAUCCAGCUGUCGCCGAAGAAAACGGUUGAAGGAUUCAUUGGCGCAUUCUGGAGCACGAUGAUUUUCGGUGUGCUUUGGGGCACAUAUUUCAUGCAGUUCGACUAUAUGAUCUGUCCCGUUCAAGACCUUGGAGUCAGUGCUUGGAGUUCGGUGAAAUGCAAACCCAACCCUGUUUUCGUCUGGCGCGACUGGCAAAUGGGGCCGCCAAUGGCCGUCUUCCUCUCUACAUUACUCGGACGAACCAUCACCACAAUCCCAUAUGCGCCAUAUCAUCUCCACCUACUGUUUAUGUCUGGAUUCGCGUCUCUUGUGGCUCCUUUUGGCGGCUUCUUUGCGUCGGGCUUCAAGCGCGCUUUCAACAUCAAGGAUUUCGGCCAUAGCAUUCCCGGACAUGGCGGGAUGACCGAUCGAAUGGAUUGCCAGUUCCUUAUGGGAGUAUUUGUCUACGUCUACUAUGGCAGUCUCAUCCGCGAGUAUCAUGUGACAGUGGGGUCUGUGCUACAAACAAUUGCGACUGGGUUGACGGUCGAUGAACAACUGGUGCUGCUGGCGGAUUUGCAACGAUAUUUGGCCAGGCAGGGCAUUAAAAUCCCAUCUAGAUAA